AUGGAUAGUUUCCAUCCAUCGUUCGACUUGUUGAGCCACGCGUUCGAGGAGGAGGAGAAUGUGCUGAGCCAACAAACGUCCAGUGCUGAAUUGAUCCGCACGCCUUCAGAGUCCUCAGAGGAUACUGAUCAGGCAGAUCACAAAUGGCUUCCCAUGCCGUUCUGGGCAAAGCUUUUGCGACAGCACUUGCCGCAGAGCCGUGAACCGGACCACAGCAAGCCCAUCACCGUAAUCUCUGGCUGUACCGGAGCUGCAGCAGAGAUUGGUGUCUUCGAGGCGUUGCGCCUCCCGUUUCUGGUGAUGAGCGCAUCAGAUCCGAACGAGAAAUGCUUGUCCUUCGUGACGGAGAAUUACCCGAAGCACACACCCACACACUGGUUCCGUGACUUGGAUGCACAACGCCUUCGGAAGGCGUGCUUGCGGCACUCGUCCGCUUGCACAUGUGACCCGUGUCCGAUCGGAAAGGGAAUGGCUGACUUUGCGCUGACAGGGUCGCCAUGUCAUCCCUUUUCCAGGCUCCGCUCGAAUAGGUCUGGCACUGUUGAGCAGCACCACGAGUACGAGACGACGAUGAGUUCGUUGCUCGAUUGGGUAGAGACAUUCGAGCCCAAAGCUUGGGUGAUGGAGCAGGUGCAGGGCUUUGACAUGAAGUACGACAAGGACGCGUCCGACACGCCGAUGCGCCGGUUUCUUCAACGAAUUGCAGAGCGGCAGUUCUCCAUUGGUGGGGGCUACUGGCUCCUGAAGUUCGAAUUAGACAUGGAAUGGCAAGUGGCGUGUGCACUGGUCACUGCUCACUGGACUACAGUGACGACAGAUCCAGAAUUCAAGCAAUUUUUCAGUUCAGUUCAGUUCCACAUGGAUCCAGAAAGAUGGAAUGCGCUUGCCGACGCACUACUGGCGGAGGCCGGUGAUGGCCACCAAACACAGUUUCAAGAGGGGGCCGCUGAGGAGCCUGGGGCAGCGAGCGGGGUGGGGGAACUGCAUGGUCAUGGUCCGGAGUCCAUAUUCCAAGACGGUCAGAGCAGUCCUGAGGAGACGAGUUUAUUUGGUUUGUUUGGCGAGGCGGAUGCUUUGGAGUCCAUGUGGGCAGAUAUGUUGAGGGAGGUUGGAGAUGAGCGAGAAGCAGGUGCAGAAAUGCCGGCUGGUCCUAACCGCGGCGGUGCUGCGGCGACAGAGGAGGUUCCUCGGGAGAGGGCAGCUAGCCCAGCUAGGCGUGGGCGUGGAAGGCCCAAGGGAACGUGUGGCAGCGCAGGAUUGCGGGAAAUGCUUGGAAGGAUAGAGCAUGACAGAGCCGAAGUUGCAGCUGCGGCUGCACCCGUUCCAGGCUCCGUGGAGUAUGCGCGGGAGCAGAAACGACGGCGACUUCUGCAGCGGCGGUUGGAUGCUGGUGCCACAGUGGUGGCAUCCACAGAUGCUGCAUGCCUUUCGUUUUCCCCUGUUGCGGUUCCUUUGCCUGGCAUAGGAGCACAAUGCUGGCAAAUCUUGCGAAGUGCAAGCAUCUCUGGUUCCGAGCUUCACCGUGCACUGGUUGCAGUGGCUGAGGCGACGGCAACACAAGCGGCCAGCCAGCAGGGGAUCAACUACGCCGAAAUGCCUGCGCAGAAAUGCCUGGAGCGUUUUUUUCAGCCUGGUCGCGCCUGCGAGACACAGGCACAGGUUGCCGAGCAAACGGGUGUCAACGCAGGCAUUGUGGCUCCCUUGUUGCUGCAAGGCGCAUGUGCUGCUAUCGAGGCCGGCCGGUGUCUGUGGGGCAGCUUUCUGCGCCGUGUGUACGAAAAGAUCGAUGCUGGAGACUGGCGAGCUGUCUUCUUGUGUCACCGCGUUCGGUACGACGAAAGCCCGACCCUGACACGACUGCGCAACAAGCUGCUAGGGUCACAGGAGUCUGACACCUCACAGCAUGGGAAGGUGGUACAGGCGGAGACAUCCAUUCAUGUUCUCGUGGCCAACGAGGAGGGCCGGUUGUAUGAGAUGCGUGGGGAGGUACCCACAAGCCUUUCGGUGGUAGAGUCCACUACAGCGGAGUGUUUGAAGAGGGUGCGGACUCAAAUUUUGGGCCUUCCCAGCAUCCCGCAUCUUAGUGCUCUUGCUAGCCGAUUCCCUUGGUGUCUUCAACAAGCCACUGUGGACCGCUACGCUGCAAACUUCAAAGCAGAGACUUCGCUGCUGCAUGACUUGAUCGAGGUUGAGCCAGUUCAGCAGGAGAAGACAUCUCCGCAACCAAUGUCCAAGUUGACGCUCCCGUGCGAUGUUCAUAAGAUGCAUCAAGCGCACAAAGCCGCUUUCAGCCUCUGCAACGCAGAUGUCAGUGGCAUGAUGUCCACCUCUCUUUCCCAGCACGGUGUAGGCGUCCUACACAAGUUGCGCCAGAUCUUAGCGACUGUGCUCGAGCACCGCUUAGUUAUCCACUACGGCGAACCACCUUGCCCGGCGCACCGGGAGGCCAUAUAUGACUUGUAUCUGCCUGUUGCAGAUCCGACUUCUGAGGAAACAGUGGAUGGGCAACUUGGUCAUAUGAGGAGGCGGUACAUUCUAUCACGGACACUCAACGGGCAGCUGCACCAACAAGAAGUUCAGCAUUUCUGUGGCCCUGGCUGCUGCAGCAGCAGAGAGGAGACAUUGCGGAAGCUUCAGGAAUACACCACACUGGCACUCAUUCCGUCCAAGCUCCCGAAAUUUGCGGUCAAUCGCUGGUGCCAGCAGACGGCGGCCAUUUCGUGGACUGGACUGUUGAGCUCACAUCACAACCUACUCCACCCUGUGCUGUUGGCCUACACUGGAGGGCCUACGCCUUCGCCAACUCUGCUGGCCGACGACUCUCUUACCGUUGCCCAACGCAACGCUGCCCUCAUGGACGUGCUAUGGGCAGAGCUGGCUGAGGAUGGGGGGCAUCAAGACGAGGCCGGGGGU